UAAGGGAGGGGUUACACCGCUCCUCGGCUGCAACUUGGCUGGAAGUGAGUGAGCACCGCGCCGUGGCCAACAAACACCAAUUCCAGUUUGUUUGCGAAGAACAGAUUUGUUUAUCCAGUCACUGUAGCAGCCCGGAGGACCAUAGUCACCGUGUUGUGGAUCUUUGUGGCCCGCCCGCUGGAAACCUGUUGCUCGGCUGCCUCGCCGCUCACUUACCCGAGAUGUUGCUUUGUGGAUGGGAUGGCGUCUGGUCCCGUUCGUGUGCCUACUCAUAGCUUCGCCGGAGCCCCAGCAGUUCCCCUCCCAGUGAAGUAGACUAACCACCUGAAACAGGACGAUGCAUGUGUCUCUGGCAGAAGCCCUGGAAGUCCGUGGGGGGCCACUCCAGGAGGAUGAGGUCUGGGCAGUCCUCAGCCAGAGUGCAGAGAGCCUCCAAGAGCUUUUCCAUAAAGAUCCUGCAGCAAUGGGUUUCAUCAUCUCCCCUUGGUCCAUUCUGCUCAUGCCUUCUGGUAACAUCUCCUUUACUGAUGAGUAUGUGACACAGCAGGACCUCAGGGCUUUUACCGCUCCAGAGGUUUUGGAUGGUCUCACCUUGUCGUCAGUUUCAGACAUCGAGAAGAUGCACAUGUACUCUUUGGGAAUGACGCUGUUCUGGGGAGCGGACUAUGAAAUCCCUCAAAGUCAGCCCAUGAAGCUGGGAGAACACAUUAACAGCCUGCUCCUGAACAUGUGUGAUGAUGUUACAUUAAGUCGAAUGUCGCUGCGCACGGUGCUGGACAUCUGCAGCAAACACAUUCGAAACUCCAGCGGUGACCCCCCGUUUUCCUACAUUCGAAAGUUGGUGCGGUUGGUACUGGGCAGCCUGUCGCAGCUGGAUGGUCUACUGACUGACAGGGAGUCACUUCCAGAGCGCAGUAAGGAGAUUCGGGAGAGACUGAGGGGUAAAGGUUUGCCCACAGGCAGGAGUGCUGCACCGAGAGUUCUGGAGCGCUAUAAAGCAAGGACUCAAGAGCAGCAGUCUGCCCUAAAUCGUGGGCUCAGCCGUUCCAUGGGGUCACUUCCAAUUCAGGAGCUGUUGAAGGGAGAUGACCGAAUUCCCCCACAGUAUUCGUCUGCUGACUAUUACCCAAAAUCUGUAUCCCCCAAUGACCUAUAUUCCCAUGCUCCCUCACUCCCCCACCAACAUUCCUAUCCCUACCUGCACCCACUCCACCCACAGCAAAAGGGCCGGCCUGUAGAACUGGACAGAAGGUCACUGCCCUUCUAUACUGUUGACAGAGGCCCAAGCAAGGCCAAGAAGACAUGGGCUUCCUCUGUGGAUUUGGCAUGUAUUGACCCUGAGGCGCUCCGCUUUGGUGCUUUGGAGGAUGCGCGCCGGGGUAGUAGUGCCUUGAGCACUCACUCAAUGGGAAGGCACAAAUCACCACUGCGGGUGUCCAGGGAGAUGGAAUCUUUGUACCCGGAAUUCGGUGGACUGAAGAGCAGGAAGCCUCAUCACCACUCAGCUCAGUCUGUUGGCUCAGGACUCGCCAACGCUUAUGACCGGAUUAAAGAGAAACAGAGAAAACUUCAGGCGCUGAGACAAGCUGUGGAUGAGCCAGUGCUCACUCACAACAGGUACCACAGCGAUUACAGUUCUUCCAGUGAAAGCCCCUCAGUAGCCUCCUCUGAUCCAGACUUCAGACAAGGUAAAAAGCCCAGCGAGGCGAAGAGGUUUGGUUCCCAGUUGGCACUUUCAUCAGAGCAUGACGCCCUGUCACUGUCAAGUCACAAUUUACACAAACACAGGCAGUAUGAGGGGGUGGCUGAUGAACCCUUGGCAGGAGCAGAGCUUCUUCUUCAAAAGCAGGAGGAGGAGGUGCAGCGCCUUCAGGCCCAUCUUGCUAAAAGACUUUCCAGGGCCAACCUCUACACGGUCGAUGAUGCCCUGGUUCCAUCUCGGGCUUCCAUUGUGGACCUUCAGGACCCGCUGUACAAUUCUAGUCUACCAGUUCGCAAGCUCAAGAGCUAUCAUGGACCCGAGUUUGUGAAAAUGGCCAGCGAGCCAUGCGUGAGCUUAACUGUCCCUUCGUCCAUAAUGAAGCGUGGCAAGGUGGAGGAAAUGCCGAGGAAGGUGGGGGUGGUUUUGCUGAAUGGCCAAAAGCUGGAGCUCACAUGUGAUGUCAAAGCAAUAUGUAAAGAUGUUCUUGAUAUGGUUGUUGCCCACAUUGGGCUUGUGGAGCACCACCUGUUUGGCCUGGCUUACCUCAGAGAUGAUGAGUUUUUUUUUGUCGAUCCUGAUGCAAAAUUGGCCCGCGUAGCCCCUGAGGGAUGGAAGGAGGAGACAAAAAAGAAAAAAAGCGACGUGCCUUUCAACCUUUUCUUGCGCAUCAAAUUUUUCGUGGAGGAUGCGAACCUCAUACAGCAUGCAAUGACCAAACAUCAGUACUACAUGCAACUGCGCAAGGACGUGUUAGAGGAGAGGACGCGCUGCGACACAGAAAACGCCAUGUUAUUGGCCUCAUUGGCCUUGCAGGCUGAAUAUGGGGAUUACCAGCCAGAGCUACAUGGAAAAACAUAUUUCAGACUUGAACACUACCUGCCAGCAACUGUCCUGGAUAAGGUCGACCAGACCACCCUCAAGGAGGAGCUUCCCAAACUUCACAGCAACUACUAUGGAGCAACAGAAUCAGAGGCUGAAUUUGAAUUCCUUAAGGUCAGCCAGAAGUUGACGGAAUAUGGGGUCCAUUUCCAUCGUGUGCUCCCUGAAAAGAAAUCUCAAACUGGAAUCAUGCUCGGGGUCUACACUAAAGGUGUCCUCAUUUUUGAAGUUCUUAAUGGAAAUCGGACUCCAGCACUGCCAUUUCCCUGGAGAGAGACAAAGAAGAUUUCCUUUGCUAAAAAGAAGAUUUGCCUUCAGAACACAUCAGAUGGGAUUAAGCGCCUGUUUCAGACAGACAGCAACAAAACCUGUCAGUAUCUGUUGCAGCUCUGCUCUGAUCAGCACAAGUUCCACCUGCAGAUGAAGGCCCGGCAGAAGAACCAGGAGUUGCAGGACCUUGAAAACUCUCAGCCUCUCCCUCUCAGCAAUUGGCAGUAUUCUCUUGACCCACUGAGUGGAGACGCAGUACCACGAACGCUGAGCGCAGGCAGCCUGGCCCCAAGUUUAUCCACCCGAUCUAACCCAGACCACCUGAAGAGGAUAUCUUACUCGGAAGUCGCCCUCAACAAUGCAUUGUCCGGCCCAGUGUUGGUCCAGGAUGACCUGCACUUUCCAGGUUACAACCCUGUAGCCUCCACCGCUCUCUCCAAACCUCUGACCAUGAGUCGCUCCCACCACAACUUGGAGCAGAUGCCAGAGUCUCUGGACUACAACACGAGCAAUUCUUACAGCAGCCUGUCGCACAGCGGACUGAGUCACACCCAGACCGACCAAGUGGACUCUAAUUUCCAGCCGCACCAUCGUGCCAGCUCAGACACAGGCUCCCUCUUGCACAAACAGGACAAAUCUUUUGGUACCGUUUCUCACAGCAGCCCCCUCAGGGGCCACAGUCCAACAAAAGUGGAGUCAGACUCAUCCUCCGCCGAAGAUGUUGGUCAAGCUUACGUUGUGGGUGUCAGUAUACACAGCUCGUCCGGAACACAGUCGACUCCUGCUUCGACUAACGAUUCUCUACUGAAAAAACUCAACGCUUUACCAUCACCUGAGAGAGAAGUCACAUCUGUGCGGCUGAAGAAAGAUGCCAAAUAUGGCCUGGGUUUCCAGGUCGUAGGCGGUGGGAGCUCUGGACGGUCUGAUCUCGGUACUAUCAUCAGUUCCAUUACUCCGGGUGGUCCAGCUGACCUUGACGGCCGUUUAAAGCCAGGUGACCGCUUGAUUGCGGUGAACCAUGUCAACGUGGAAGGGUUCUCGCACGCGAGCACCGUUGAGCUUCUGCAUAAUGCUCCUGAUGACAUGACUCUGCUGGUGUCGCAGCCAAAAGAAAGACUCUACAAAGGUUUUGUGCCAUACUUCUCAAAGUCUUCUCUUAAAGCUCUUGACUCAAGCCAGAAAGGAGAAGCAGAUGUUGACGGUUCACCAGAGGAUCGCAUGGCAACAGGAAGCCCCAGCCCUCCUGUCCGCAGUGACUCACCUUCAUCCACGUCGUCUCAGGUUCUUCCAAGUCAGGCAUCCCCGGACUCUCUCAGAAGCAGUGCUCCUAAAAUAAGCCAAUCACCAGCCAGUAGAGUCCUACAGUGUCUGGAACGAGCCUCAGGUUCUGCAUCUGCUGCACCGGCAUCAGAGCCUCUGCCACCGGCUUUGCCACCCAAAACUCGGAAAGCAAAACUCUUGGAGGCUCCCAAACUGAUUGAGCAUUCAGACUGGGGCGAUUCAGACAUGGAUGAGGAGACUUCCUCCAAUAGUCAAGAGAAACAAAAACCCCAAAAGGAACACAUGAUGGAAAAUUUAAAUGGUAAUGCGCCAGGUGUCAAUAGUCUCCGUCCAGGAGAUCUAUUUGACAUUGAGCUGUCAAAAAAAGACAGCAGCCUGGGCAUAAGUGUCACGGUACUGUUCGGCAAGGGCGGAGUCAACACAUCUGUGCGACAUGGAGGCAUCUACGUCAAGGCAAUCAUCCCGAAAGGUGCCGCCGAGCUGGAUGGGAGGAUACAGAAAGGUGAUCGCGUGGUGGCUGUCAAUGGGAAGAGUCUGGAAGGAGCAACUCACCAACAAGCAGUCGAGGCUCUGAGAGACACAGGGCAGACCGUGCAUCUAUUGCUGGAAAAAGGUCAUCUGUCUGCCGACACUGUCCAAGCCCCAGUUACACCCGCGAUCAAUCAGGACCAUGCCAAGGAGCAGUCAGUCGAGGCCAAAGCCAAACCAGAGUACAGUUUUGUAGCACCAGACAACGUUUUCGAGGUUCUGCUGCUGAAGAACACGUCAGGCCUGGGCUUCAGCUUCAGUCGAGAAGAGAACAUCCCAGGUGAACCGACUGGCUCCAGCAUGGUGCGAGUUAAAAAGCUGUUCCCUGGACAGCCAGCUGCUGAAAGCGGCCGCAUCCAAGUGGGUGACGUCAUUAUGAAAGUCAAUAAGACCCCUCUCAAAGGACUCUCACAGCAUGAGGUCAUAUCAGCGUUAAGAGGAACCGGGCAAGAGGUGACUUUACUCCUCUGUAGACCUGAAAUAGGCGUUCUUCCUCCACUGGAAACUUCAGCCCUAACACCCAUGCCGUCCCCAAGGAAGCCACCACUGACCCAAGUGGAACCCAAACAAAAUCUAAGCUAUGCGGCCUCUCCAGAUGCAAAAGCUAAAAGUAGCUUGGGUACUGUGGAAACCGCGCUCGAGAGACUGCAGCUGAAAACACCGGGACGACGCAACAGUUACAGUGAUAGUACCGAUGGUGAUGAGGAGGUGGAGGAAGCAUUCAGCUCCAAAAACAUGGAGCAUACCAGACAGGCCUGGGAGCGCAGCAUUUAUCAGACCCCCAACAGUAACCUGGGGGGCUAUGACAAUGCUGCUCAGCUUGAUGAAUCUGUCCACUCUGGUUUUUACACACCAAACCUGUCGAUGACGCGGUCAGACUUCAAUAAAAGUCUCCAGUCUUCUCUUGGCCCAGCAAUGCCUCAUUCUACCUCCCCGAGUCCAGAUCCGCUGCCGCCCCCCCUGCCUUUGCCUUUGAACCUCACAGCAACUGCGAACGGACAAGAAAUGGAGGAACUUGUACCGGAAGCAGAGCUGCACGUUUCUCUCUCAAAGUCAGAAAAAGGCAGUCUUGGCUUCACACUUACCAAAGGAAAUGAUUAUGGUUGUUUCAUCCAUGACAUCAUCCAGGAUCCAGCUAAAGGAGAUGGCAGGCUUCGGCCAGGAGACAGGAUGAUCAUGGUGAAUAACACGGAUGUCACGAGUAUGGGUCACACUGAGGUGGUGAAUCUUGUACGUGCUGCACCUCGCAUGGUGGACCUGGUAGUGGGAAGGGUGCUUGAAGCUCCCAGGCCACCUUUUGAGGCCCACAUUCUGCCUGACAUCUGUCUCAGUGACAACCAACAACCCCUGGGUUUGAUUCUGGACGGUGGUAGUGACAGCAUGUAUGGGGUCUUGUUUGUAAGAGACGUCCUAGCUGGAUCUGUGGCCUCUGAAGAAGGAAGCUUAAAGGCACUGGACCUGAUCCACUACAUCAACGGAGUCCCCACUCAGGACCUCACCCUCAGUGAGAGCACAAGACUGUUGGAGCUUUCCCGCAGCAACUUGACCCUCAAGGCUACAAGGGACGGGCAGCCCGUUUUCCCCGGACAGAAGAGUGUCUCUUUUCUCAACAACAACCUUGGUCCGGAAGUGUCAGCCAGUAUUAAUGGAUUCUUCAAAGCAGAUGAUCCUCGAGAUUCUUUCAGUGCACUUUGUCCUGUUGAGGAGGAAAUAAUAACUUUGGAUCUAGAAAAGCCGCCAUCUGGAGGCCUUGGCUUCUCUGUGAUUGGUGGAGAAAGAGGCAUAUUUAUCAAAUCUUUAACACCAGGGGGGCUCGCAGAGUCAUCAGGCAAACUACAGAUUGGCGAUCGGCUCUUGAAAGUCAACGACGAUCUCAUGACAGGUGUGUCACACACCAAAGCCGUCACCACUGUACGCAAGGCCACUGGUCUGGUUCACCUCGUAGUGUCCAGGCCUCCAGACCAGAGCCCCAACACUUACCUGGCCUAUCUACCCAUGAACUCUAACACCUACAAUGGGAACACAGAUCUGAGUGACGACAGCGGAGUGAAGAGUAAGCUGUGCAGUCCCGAUGAAGAGUUGAAGUCCAAAGUGCCGUCUCUUCCACCCAUAGAUUAUGAUGAGCUGGAUAAAAGGACUGAACCAAGUGCAGAGCUGUCGGAGGACACCGACUGUGACGGCUCUUCUCUCCCUGAAGACUCGCCUAAGAGUUCCAGAAAAGUGGAGUGGCAGGAAGAGAGUGUGGACGAUCCAGGCAAUGAAAACUAUCUGCAAAUGAGUGCCGGUCAAACAGAAGAGGACGAGAUCACAUGGGGAAGUGAUGAGCUGCCUAUUGAAUCGAUGAACUCUUUGGCAAGAGAUGAUGGCCCGAUCAUCACAGAAGACGAGCUGACGUCCUUGCCCCUUGUCAGGGUCGUUCCUGAUGGUCAGUACAUGGGUCCAAAACUCAGCACUGUGGUCAGAAUGAUAAGAGGGCUGCUGGAGCAGAAGGUGCCGCUGCAGGAAUUUGAAAAUCUGCAAAACCUCCAGCCUCUCGAUGACUGUUUGAUCGGUCAGACAAAGGAGAACAAGAAGAAAAACCGCUACAAGAAUAUUGUUCCUUUUGAUACGACUCGUGUGAUGCUCGGCCAAGAGGGCGGCUACAUCAAUGCCAACUUCAUCAACAUGCCUGUGAAGGAUGAGAACUUCAUGUACAUCGCAUGCCAGGGGCCCCUUCCCACCACGCUGGGAGACUUUUGGCAAAUGGUCUGGGAGCAGAAAUCCAACGUGAUCGCCAUGAUGACUCAGGAAGUGGAGGGAGGUAAAGUGAAGUGUCAGCGGUACUGGCCAGACACGCCGAUGUCACCGGAGAUGGUGGACGACAGGUUACAGAUCAUGCUCAUUAAAGAUCAACAUCUGGACAACUUCAUCAUCCGACUCAUUGAAGUCAAAGAUUCCCAGACAAAUGAAGUUCAGCUUGUGACUCACCUGAACUACAUGGGAUGGCCGGAUCACGGAACUCCAUCACAACCAGAGCAGCUGCUCACGUUCAUCUCCUACAUGAGGCACGUCCACCGAUCAGGACCGAUCAUCACGCACUGCAGUGCUGGCAUUGGUCGCUCAGGAACCCUCAUCUGUAUAGACGUGGUGCUGGGGCUCAUCAGUAAGGACGCAGACUUUGAUAUUUCAGAUGUCGUCCGUAACAUGAGGCUCCAGAGGCACGGAAUGGUCCAGACUGAGGACCAGUAUAUUUUCUGCUACCAGGUGAUCCUCUACGUCCUCAGGUGCCUUCAGGCUGAGGAGAACAUCUCUGGAUAGUAGAAAGCACAUGAUCAAUGUUGUAGGAGAACAAAAUAAAAAUGGAGGAGAGUUGACGUGGGCAAAUGUUGCCAAAUUACACUACAUGUCUAGAACUUUAAAAAUACUUUGAGUCUUUUAAGAAGUCUAUAUUUUUAUGUUUGCUAUCACGUUCUCUGUCUCUGGCUGCUACUCCCUUUUUCAGUGCAUUCAUGAGAACUGCUGAUUGUAUUUCCUGUUGUCUCCUAUCAGAGAACAAAUUCUAUGAAAUGUCUUUCAUAUAUGAUGUGGAACAAAAUGGUACUUGUCUAUUAUGAAUCCUGUUUCUGAUGCUGCACCAUGUCUUGACAGAAUACUAUGUCAGUAUUUGCUUUGUAAAUCUAUUAUACUGUAAUUUCUCACUGCCGGAGGUAAAUGAUGAAAUUAAAUGUGUAAAUAUUCCUCUCCUGAAAAUUAAA